UCGGCAGCCACUCAUUUUCAAUACAUUCUUGGCACAUAUUUACGUAACGCAGGCAUGGUAGUGAACUGAAUGAGCUGCAGCGUGAGGAAUCGUGCAUUGAUCAGUCUCGUCCCCGCGGAGGGAGAAGAGUCCUGGAGAUGGAUGCUGGCGCUGCGGAACCCGGGGAGGAUGGAGGCUGGAGCCCGGCGGCGGCCGCGGGCUUCUGCCAACAACUGGAGCUCGGGGACUACGAUUCAGCCAAGAAGGCUCAAUUAACAGAGAUGCCGUCCCCGUUUGGGGUAGACCAAGCUCGCGAUAAAAAGAUUGGCCACAGGCGAAUAGAUGCCUCUGGUGAGACAACAUACAAAAAGACCACCUCUUCUGCUCUGAAGGGGGCCAUCCAAUUGGGUAUUGGAUAUACCGUCGGCAACCUCAGCUCCAAGCCUGAAAGAGAUGUCCUCAUGCAAGACUUUUAUGUAGUUGAAAGUAUCUUCUUCCCAAGUGAAGGCAGUAACCUCACUCCAGCCCACCACUACCCAGACUUCAGGUUUAAGACAUAUGCUCCUGUGGCCUUUCGCUACUUCAGAGAGCUCUUUGGGAUCCGACCAGAUGACUACUUGUUUUCUUUGUGCAAUGAGCCGCUGAUUGAGUUGACAAAUCCGGGCGCGAGUGGCUCCAUUUUCUAUGUGACUCGUGAUGAUGAGUUCAUCAUCAAAACAGUCCAGCACAAGGAGGCUGAGUUUCUGCAGAAAUUGCUCCCUGGUUACUACAUGAACCUGAACCAGAACCCCCGGACUUUGCUGCCAAAGUUCUUUGGCCUGUAUUGCGUCCAGUGUGGCGGCAAGAACAUCAGGAUUGUUGUGAUGAACAAUAUUUUACCGCGUUCUGUUCGCAUGCACCUUAAAUUUGACCUGAAAGGCUCCACAUACAAAAGGCGAGCGUCCAAGAAGGAAAGAGAGAAGUCCAAACCUACUUUUAAAGACCUGGAUUUUCUAAGCGACGUUCCCGAGGGGCUCAUUCUGGACCAGGAUACACACGGAGCUUUGGUCAAAACAUUACAAAGAGACUGUCUGGUUCUGGAGAGUUUUAAGAUUAUGGACUAUAGUUUGCUGCUUGGCGUACACAACAAGACGCUAGCGGAGAAGGAGCAUCAGUCCCAGGGCUCACCCACAGGAGGCGGGGAUGAGAAGAAGCCUGCAGGACAGAGAGCCUUAUAUUCCACUGCCAUGGAGUCCAUACAGGGGGGGUCAACAUGCAGGGACACACUGGACCAUGAUGAUACUAUGGGUGGUAUUCCAGCUGUGAGUGGUAAAGGAGAACGCCUAUUGCUGUUCAUUGGAAUCAUCGACAUUCUGCAGUCUUACAGACUUGUUAAGAAACUGGAGCACUCUUGGAAAUCUCUCAUCCAUGAUGGAGACACCGUAUCUGUUCACAGACCUGGUUUUUAUGCCGAGAGGUUCUACAAAUUCUGCAACACAAUUGUCUUCAAGAAGAGUUGCUCGCUGCGAUCGUCUCCGUCUAAGAAAGGCCGAGGGGCUCUCGCCAUGUCCAAGUCCGGCGCCGGAGCCAGCUCCGCUGGGAAACGCCCCUCGCUGAAUGAGGAGACCCAGGAAAACUUGGAUAACCUGGAGAAUCUAAGAGGAGCUCACAACUUCUCCAUGCUGGACGACAAUGGGAGAGACCCCCCCUGCACUCCUCCUUCUUUUGAAGAUGCUACCACAGCAUCUAUCGCCACCACUCUGUCAUCCAAUAACUCCUUACAGACCACCCCGUUUGAUACACCAGAGCAUCCACGUUACAGAAGGCAAAUCCAUUCACCGAUUGUGUCCAGAUCACAGAAAGAAGUGGUUGAGGUUCACGGUGAACGUCAGGACACCAUCACAGUGGAGGUGGAGCUCAGCAAAAUCCCUCAGAGCACAGAGCUCACAGACAUGACUUCGUCCAGCCAGCACUCACUCCAUCAUCAGACCUAUGUGGUUGCUUCAUCCACUCCCUCCUCUACCGGUCCAUCAUCCGCAUACUCUUCCUCCACCCUUCCGCCUUCCUUUGAUUCACCAUCUUCCACCGCUCAUCACGCUGCCCAGUCAUCCUCCUCACUGUCUUCAUCCAUCUGUCCAUCCACCAAACCGCUGACCUCUCUUGCUGCCACCCAGUCUUUCACCGUAUCCUCCGCAGUCUCUCGUUCAGCAGCACAAUCUGCAUUUACGAGCCCAGCUCCCACCUCCUCCACCCUCCCACCCGCAUCAGCGUUUACCCCUAUCUGCCCCACGUCCGCACUCUCAUCAGCCCAGAGCUCCUCUCACCACCUCCCAUCAACGCCUCCGUCCUCCGCACCCCCGAGCCCGAGCCCGCAGCCGGCGCAGCGGGCGUUGCGCAACCAGCUUUCCGUGUCCAGCAGCCACAACUCGUUGGAAGGGGAGCUGCAGGUUUCUGACAUCUACUUUUAUGCAGAUGGCAGAUACUGGGUGUACUCUCCAGUUCUUGGCCGUCGUAAACUUAAUUCUAGCGCAAGUUACAAUGCUCAGGAGGAGCAGAGCUGGGUGAACUCUCCAUUCCACUGCAGCUCAGAGUCCAGAAGGGGCUCAGAUGGGGAGACAUAACUCACAUUGGAGACAGCAGUGAUGGGUGAACUCAGAGGCCGCCUCCACAUGAGAGAGCUGUGAGGUUUUAAUAAUAAGUCCCCGCCGGGACACUGAAGAUCCGCUGCUGGAUGCUGAAGCUGCAUGUGAUCUGCUUUGUUGAGGGCAAAGACCGAAGGUGUGAAGAUGAGGAUGAAGCUUUGAUUCAUGAGCGCGUUUUGAAACAUUUAAAUGAAUGAACAGAUGGUACAGAAGUAUUAGUGCGUUAGAAAACUGAACUAAAGUUCUCGGACAAUCAGCCUGGCGUCAAGAGCAAAAUACAGUCACAUAAGCAGCAGUGUCAUUGGUCUUGAUGUUCCAACCUUUAUGAACUCACACAAGACCAACAAAAAGAUAAUGUUUAAAUUCCAAAGUUGCAGAAGAUAUAAAAGUCAGUUGUGGAAGCAGCAAGACAGUGCAGACAUCCUUCUCCCCAGCUCUGCCUAUGCAAUAUGUGUUACUGGUGUCUUGACUCAUGAAUAACACCUCAGACUUACUUCAUGCAUUUGUUUUUCACUAGUAGCAUGCCGGCUCUGUACCAUUUUAUUUGUAGCACUUUAUCAGUGUACGUGAGUUCUUUUGAAAUCCUGUGUUUUUAUGUUUUAUCAUCAGUUAUUGAUUGGAAACCCACCCAAACUCAAUUAAUGUUUAGUGAGCAGUUAAUUCUCAGUGUUCUUCUUCCUCCAGUGGUGUGUGUGGGUCCACUUUACACAUUUUGAUCUCACAGCGAAGGGUUUUGUUGAAAUUGCCUUACUUACUAACAUAUUAUCAUAAACAUUUUUUAUUAAACAAAAAUGAAGGUAUUUUCCAGUCACAUGUAGUCAUUUAGAAAAAAAAGUUAAAAACACAAACACGCAAAAUAUUUCUGUGUGAGUGAAGAGUCAAUAUAUUACAAAAGAACAUGGGAAAUAAUGGAGGAAGUUAUCUUUUGUAAAACGUCUGUUUGCAUAAGUCUGUACGUGCACUUAAAUCUCUGUGUGUGCAUGUUUCUGCAUGCAUGUGAUGUGUGACCGAGAGAUACUUGUGUAAGAUUUUACCGUCCUGCAUAUUUGUCAAAAUGUGAAAAAAAGGUGUUGUUAUAGACCAAAGGGGUUAAAAGCAGCUAUAAGCAUGUUUGCUGUGUGGAAAAGAAAAGAAAAUACAAGUUGGCUCAAUCUUUAAUGGCACUGGAUUGAUCUAAACUUUCAGAAUUAAACAAAGCGUGCUGAACUCAAAUAUACCCAGGUUGCUAUAGUUUACUGAGAAAAAAAAGUAUUAACUUCCAUCUUUGUACCAAGGUGAUACCUGCUGAAACAAGACUCAUAAUUAUGUUUGUAAUCACUAUUCUACCUUGCUACUGCUGAAAAUAACCAGCCUGUUUGUAGGCAACAGUAUAUGUAGCUUAUCACUGUGAAAAAUAUAAUAAAACGUUUAUAU